AUGCGUCGGGCGGAGGAGCACUACGUCAGUGAUGAUGAGACGACGCCAUUACUGCCGUCACGACCUCCACCACCACGACACAAUAGUGGGAACAGCGACGAGGGCGCGAAAGAGCUGAAUGAUCAGCCUCGAUCGUUGUCCUCUACAUUACAAUCCAUAAUAAUUGGACUCGGCAUAGGUGCUUUAUUCUGUCACAUCAACGUGUAUUUCGGCCUACAGAAUGGUUUCAGCGAUGGAUUGUCCCAAGAGGCCGUGCUCUUGGGAUUCGGGAUCUUGCAGUCCGCCAAGAUGGUUUUGGGAACAUCAUUUGGACCUGCGGAAACUGUCUUGAUCACUGCGAUUGCCGGAGCAAUGGGAAUGAUGCCAUCCGUGACAGGCCUGGUGAGCUCCUUGGCAGCGGUGGAACUUCUUCUUCCGGACUCGGAGCACAUCGGGUCGUGGACGCUGAGCUCUCCAACGCUCAUACUUUGGGGACUGGACGUCGGCUUGUUUGCGCUUCCAAUGACCAUGAUGUUCAGGAAGUAUUUCGUCGAUCAGGCGGGGUUGCCGUGGCCGAGUGCUAAAGCAGCUGGAACACUGGUGAGGGCUCUCCACGGGACUUCUGAAAAGAUCACCAAGGACGCAAUCGCACCACAGUCCAAGUCGAACGAGUUUGAAGGCGGAUGUGAACGUGGUACCAACGACGGAGAAAUUCCAUCUGACGCCUCCAGGAUUGAAGCUGAUAAAAAUGAUUUUGGACCACGCUGCCCUUGUAAGCUACCCCUGAAAAGAAUUCUCGGGAUCGUCGGAGUUAACUUGUCACAGAUGUCUCUUGCCAGUAUCUUUCCAAUUCUCAAGAAUGUUCCCAUUUUGGGCUCGGACAUCGCAACAAUGCACUACUGGAGCUUCAAUGUGUCACCCGGCGUGUUCGGUCAAGGAAUGAUGACAGGUCCAACGAUGACGAGCCACAUGCUGGUGGGAGCAAUAGUCGGAUGGGGAAUCCUGUUGCCGUUGGCUCGUUCGCAAGGUUGGAUCAUCGACGCAUACAGCGAUUGGGAAAGUACCAAAUCUGGCUGGACAUCGUGGAUCGCACUCAGCAUCCUCGUGGCUGACAGUGUUGUCGAAUUGAGCUGGCUGAUUUACAACAAGAUUAACACAAAGGCUCUCAAAAAGCUUUGUACCGCUAGAAGUGACCGACCUACGGGUGGCGACGAUCGACACUCUCUGCUUGACAGGUGGCCGAAGAGCGAGAAGUCCAGUGAUCGCAGUCCUAUGAAUGAUCUAGUUCUGUCUGGCAUGACUAUCGCUGCAACAAUGGCAUGUGCCGGAAUCGCCACCUGGAGCUUCGACGGACGUGUGUUGAUCAAUACUACCAUCGUAGCUGUAUGCCUGUCGCUCUUUUUGUCCAUUGCAAGCGUACGAGUGAUUGCCAUGGGCGAUCGACAUCCGGUAGGCGGGCUUGCGAGAUUCUCGCAAUUCCUCAUUGCAAUUCUCAUUUCGCGGCUCAGCCCCGACCACCUGCUGAUCAACCUCGUCCUCGGAGCGAUUGUGCAUGCGGGAAUUACUCAGAUGGAUUGUAUGAUGUAUAAUUUUAAGAUUGCAUCAGUCGUCGGUACACGUCCUAUCUUGCAGCUCUCGGGUCAUGCAAUUGGUGCCGUCUUCGGGUCGGUCUUAUCAGCACUACUUGUGAAGUCUUAUUCCAGACUCAACAUGGUUUCUGGCGGCAAAGCUGGCAUACCUGCUGCGCGCGAGUGGCUGGCGAUGGCAAAUUCGAUCUACACGGAAGGCCUUCCGCCCUUCUACCUGGAGUUCUCAUUCGCCUUUGCGAGUGUCUUCGCUCUCGUCGCCGUGGUGAGAAUAAAAUAUGCGGAUAGGUCGUGGAUCAAAUUUGUGCCUGGCGGAGUGGCAUUCGCUAUAGGAAUGUAUGCGACCCCGGCUUCCACACUGCCUCGUUUCGCAGGAGCGAUGGCCUUUUGUUACGCAAAGAACAGAUUGGGUGUCAGCCAGAAAAUCGGACCAUUUAUGGCGUCGGGACUGAAUCUAGGCGAAAGCAUAGUUGGUCUGCUUGCGUUAAUAAUACCGCGGUAG